UUAACACCAAACACCACUCACAGAUAUUUCAAAUAUUUGUAUCCAAAUCUUUAUAAUAAAAAAAAACGUUUCGAAACCCUUAUCAUCUUUUUUUCACUAAUGGAAGCACAAUCAGAACCAACAUGGCCGGAGCUAUUAGGCUCCGGCAACUGGCAAAACCUACUCAACCCACUCAACCUAAGCCUCCGCCACCUAAUCCUCCGGUGCGGCGACUUCUGCCAGGUCACUUACGAUUCAUUCAACAACGACAAAAACUCCAAAUACUGCGGCACCAGCCGCUACGGCAAGCGGAACAUAUUCGACAAAGUCAUGCUUGAAGAAGCUGACAAGUUUCAAGUCGCCGCUUUCCUGUACGGCACCGCCCGUAUCAGCUUGCCGGAGGCGUUUAUUCUGCACUCUCAGUCUAGAGAUUCAUGGGACCGUGAGUCUAACUGGAUUGGCUAUAUUGCUGUUACGAACGAUGAGUAUAGUAAAGUCAUCGGCCGGCGGGAUAUUUAUAUUGCUUUCCGGGGAACUACAAGGAAUUAUGAAUGGGCUAAUGUUAUUGCCGCCAAGUUACAGUCUGCUAAGGCAUUGUUGAAGCAAACUGAUGACGAUGAUGAUCAAAAACUUAAGGACAGUACUACUUCUAGUCAUUGCCGGAUUAAGGAAUUUUUUGCAAGGUUCGCCCAUGAUUCAAGUAGUAGUGACAAGGACGAAGACGAAGACGAUGACGAGGUACCUAAAGUGAUGCAAGGAUGGAUUACGAUCUACACUUCGGACAAUCCGAAAUCACCAUUUACGAAAUUCAGCAUGAGAAAUCAGCUCUUAAGCAAGAUUAAUGAGUUAAAAGAGAAGUACAAGGAUGAAAAUCUGAGUAUAAUCUUCACAGGACACAGUCUUGGAGCUAGUUUAUCAAUUUUAGCAGCUUUUGACCUCGUCGAAAACGGAAUAAUAUCCGAUAAAACUCCGGUAUCAGCCAUCGUAUUUGGUUCCCCACAAGUUGGAAAUAAAGCAUUUACCGAGAGAUUUAAUAAAUUUCCGAAUCUUAACGUUUUGCAUGUCAAGAACAAGAUAGAUGUGCUUGUACAUUAUCCAGGAAAAUUAUUAGGGUUUGAGUAUAUAGGAACCGAGUUGGAGAUUGGCACGAGGAGCUCACCGAGUUUGAAAGAGUCGAAUAACCCGAGUGACUGGCAUAAUUUGCAGGCGAUUUUGCAUGUAGUUGCAGGUUGGAACGGUGAAGAUGGUGAAUUUGAGCUUAAAGUGAAGAGAAGUUUGGCUUUGGUUAAUAAAUCUUGUGAGUUUUUGAAGGAUGAAUAUUUGGUGCCGGGAUCUUGGUGGGUGGAGAAGAAUAAAGGAUUGGUGAGAGGAGAUGAUGGAGAGUGGUCGCAUGCUUCACCGGAUGAGGAGGAUUUGCCGGUGCCGGAGAUUGAUUGAUUGUCGGAGAUAAGAUAGAGAUUGAAUGGUUGGUUUUGUUUUGUUGGUACUCUUCAUUUCUAAAUCCUGUUUUGUUUGCUUUUUUAGUUUGUCUUGGAUAUUGCCUUGUGUGGAAGUUUCCUAUGUUUUGUCUAUACUUGUCCUAUAUGAUGUGGUUUUGGCAUUGAUAAAAUGAUGUCUUCUUUCU